AUGACUAGAAAUCUUGCUACGAAUUGGGGACUGUUUAAGCGUGCGUGGAAUAACUGUGAAAUAGCAGCUAGAUUAAAGGAUACAAGUCAUCCAGAGGCAAAUAAAGAGCUGAGAACAGCGACUUUGUUAACGUGUAUUGGAUCUGAUGCAUUAGAUGUUCAUGAUGGGUUUGAUUUUGUAAGUCCAGAGCAGGUAAAAGAUAUAGAUGUUAUUUUACAAAAGUUUGAGAAUACUUUUAUUGGAGAGACAAACGAGACAUAUGAACGGUAUCGUCUUAAUAAGCGUGAUCAAAACCAGCAUGAAUCUGUGGAUGCAUAUACUACAACCCUACGCACUGUGGUCAAAACAUAUAAUUUUGGCCAAUUGGAAGAUGAUCUGAUACGAGAUCGGAUUGUGAUGGGUAUUAGGGAUGAUGCAACAAGGAAGAAACUUCUCCAAGUGGCAAAGCUUACCCUUACUCAGUGUGUUGACAUCUGCAGAUCAUAUGAAAAAACAUCAAAACAACUGGAGUCGAUGAAAGCUGAGGCAGUCCUGGGCCUAGACAAGCAAAUCUCCAAGCAACCUGAAAACCCGAAGAAAAGAACUGAUGAAGAAGAAACGAUAAGAUAUAUGUUCGGCGGCAAAUAGACUUGGUUCAAGUCCGUCUCUCAAGGGGUCGAAAAUAGUGCAUGCAAGCGGUCAAAAAAGGCGCGAAAAUAUGAGAGAAAAGUAGGGAGAGACGGACUUGGAAAGUCUUGGAUACCCUGCAAGCGGAGGCAUGGCUUGCGAGUUGAGAACAACAACAAAUUUUCGAACCAAUUUUUGCAAGUAACAUUCGGAAUGCUGCAAAUGUCCCAAGUCCAUCUCUCCCUACUUUUCUCCUGAGACGGACUUGAACCAAGUCUAGGCGGCAAAAUGCAUGUUCGAGACAAGUUCCAAUGCUCAGCCUGGGGAAAGUAUGUUCUUUGUGUAAAAGGAGGAAUCACUUUGCAGCAGCCACAUGUAAUAGCAAAGCAAAGCCAAAUUCUCGAAAGCGAUUUCCGGGCAACAGAAGAAUGGUGUCUGGUGUUGACCAUGAUAUAGAUUGAUCUGAUGAAUACAUAGCCAUGCUAACCAUCAAGAAAGAUGCGAGUGAAGUUUAUUUAGAAGAAAACAAUCCCAAACCGUAUGCAUCUAUGACGAUCAACGGUCGACUGGAAACUUUCUGUUAGACUCAGGAGGAGCUACUGUCAAUGUGUUAUCAAAGAGAACAUUUGGAUCAAUUUUUCAAGAAGGCAGUCGAAAAAAAGAUUGAAAAGACCAACACAAUCAAUGGAACUGAAAUCAAACCAUUGGGUAAGUCACGGUUUCAAGUUAUAAAUCCAAAGAAUUUGAAGAAAUACAGUGUGGAAUUCAUGGUGGUCAAAGAGAAUUGUAAGUCAGUAUUCGGUGCGAAAGCCAGUAUUCAAAAGAAGCUACUUCAAGUAAAUAAAGAGAACAUAUUUGCUUUCAAGUCACUACGUGACACUAUUUCACCAGCCACUGACAGAGGAAGUGCUUACCAGGGAGUAUGCAAAGCUUUUUUGAAGGUGUUGGCCUCCUACCUGGAGCACUACUGUAUUUGGAGAUAGACAGUGGUAUCCCUCUGAUACAGCUUCCAGUAAGAAGAAUCCCACUUGCUGUAAAAGAUAAGCUUAAAGAUGAGCUUGAUCGCCUUGUCACGCUGAAGGUCAUCACUCCUGUUGACACUCCUACCGACUGGAUUUCAGCUACUGUUGUUGCCAUCAAGAAAGAUGGUAACAUCCGGCUGUGUCUUGACCCUAAACCGUUAAUCACCAGUCCCGAGACAGCCCAGAUCACUGAGAACGAAGAUGUGAGGUGCCUACAUGAUACAAGAUCAGCCACAGAACAGGGAGUAGAAGAAAUUGAUAUGCUAAGAAAUUUGUCAGUAAAAGAUUCCACCCUGGGCCAAAUUAAACAGGCAACUGGAGCAGAAAGCACAUUACAAGCGUUAGUGACAGUAGUUAAAGAAGGUUGGCCAAGCAAAAUGAGUGAUGUUCCACCAGUGUUGUAUCCUUUUCAUCCAUUCCGAGAUGAGUUGACGGAGUACAAUGGUGUAAGGUGA